ACCCCAGAGCAACCUCGGAGCCAGACUCAGGCUGGGGCAGAGCGUUUGCAGGCUCCAGCCCCAGCUUCCAGAGUCCUCCUGCCCUGUGGCCCCUGACCCCAGGCUGGGAGGUGGUGACUCAAAGGGUGCGGAUAAGACCCAGAGCUGUAUCUGGUCACUCCGGCAGGUGCUCUGUCUGUCUGACGUAGGACCAUGGUUAUUCUUCAGCAGGGGGACUACGUGUGGAUGGACCUGAAGUCAGGCCAGGAGUUUGACGUACCCAUCGGGGCCGUGGUGAAGCUCUGUGACUCUGGGCAGAUCCAGGUGGUGGACGAUGAAGGCAAUGAACACUGGAUUUCCCCUCAAAAUGCCACUCACAUCAAGCCGAUGCACCCCACCUCGGUACAUGGUGUGGAGGACAUGAUCCGCCUGGGGGAUCUCAAUGAGGCAGGCAUUCUGCGCAACCUGCUCAUUCGCUACAGAGACCACCUCAUCUACACAUACACGGGUUCCAUCUUGGUAGCUGUGAACCCCUACCAGCUGCUCUCCAUCUACUCGCCAGAGCACAUCCGCCAAUACACCAACAAGAAGAUAGGCGAGAUGCCCCCGCACAUCUUUGCCAUCGCGGACAACUGCUACUUCAACAUGAAACGCAACAGCCGGGACCAGUGCUGCAUCAUCAGCGGGGAGUCCGGAGCAGGCAAGACAGAGAGCACAAAGCUGAUCCUGCAGUUCCUGGCGGCCAUCAGCGGACAGCACUCAUGGAUCGAGCAGCAGGUGCUGGAGGCCACUCCCAUCCUGGAAGCGUUUGGGAACGCCAAGACCAUCCGCAAUGACAACUCCAGCCGCUUCGGCAAGUACAUUGACAUCCACUUUAACAAGCGGGGUGCCAUCGAGGGGGCCAAAAUAGAGCAGUACCUGCUGGAGAAAUCGCGAGUCUGCCGCCAGGCCACUGACGAGAGGAACUACCAUGUGUUCUACUGUAUGCUGGAGGGCAUGAAUGAGGAGCAGAAGAGGAAGCUGGGCCUAGGCCAGGCUGCUGACUAUAACUACUUGGCCAUGGGUAACUGCAUCACCUGUGAGGGCCGGGUGGACAGUCAGGAGUAUGCCAACAUCCGCUCAGCCAUGAAAGUGCUCAUGUUCACAGACACGGAGAACUGGGAAAUCUCGAAGCUUCUGGCUGCCAUCCUACACAUGGGCAAUCUGCAGUACGAAGCCCGUACAUUUGAAAACUUGGAUGCCUGUGAGGUCCUCUUCUCCCCAUCACUGGCCACGGCCGCUUCUCUGCUCGAGGUGAACCCCCCAGAUCUGAUGAACUGCCUCACCAGCCGCACCCUCAUCACCCGUGGGGAGACAGUGUCCACCCCACUCAGCAGGGAGCAGGCCCUGGAUGUGCGAGACGCCUUUGUCAAGGGCAUCUACGGGAGGCUCUUCGUGUGGAUUGUGGACAAGAUCAACGCCGCAAUCUACAAGCCUCCCUCCCAGGAAGUGAAGAACUCUCGCCGGUCCAUCGGCCUCCUGGACAUCUUCGGGUUUGAGAACUUCACUGUGAACAGCUUCGAGCAGCUCUGCAUUAACUUUGCCAAUGAGCACCUGCAGCAGUUCUUCGUGCGGCACGUAUUCAAGCUGGAGCAAGAAGAGUAUGAUCUCGAGAGCAUUGAUUGGCUGCAUAUUGAGUUCACUGACAACCAGGACGCGCUCGACAUGAUUGCCAACCGGCCGAUGAAUGUCAUCUCCCUCAUCGACGAGGAGAGCAAGUUCCCCAAGGGCACGGAUGCCACCAUGCUGCAUAAACUGAACUCACAGCACAGGCUCAAUGCCAACUACGUGCCGCCCAAGAACAGCCACGAUACCCAGUUUGGAAUCAACCACUUUGCCGGCAUUGUUUAUUAUGAGACUCAAGGCUUCCUGGAGAAGAACCGGGACACCCUGCAUGGGGACAUCAUCCAGCUGGUCCACUCUUCCCGGAACAAGUUCAUAAAACAGAUUUUCCAGGCUGACGUCGCCAUGGGUGCUGAGACCAGGAAGCGCUCGCCUACACUCAGCAGCCAGUUCAAGCGGUCGCUGGAGCUGCUGAUGCGCACACUGGGCGCCUGCCAGCCCUUUUUCGUCCGCUGCAUCAAACCCAAUGAGUUCAAGAAGCCCAUGCUCUUCGACCGACACCUGUGUGUACGGCAGCUGCGCUAUUCAGGCAUGAUGGAGACGAUCCGCAUCCGGCGUGCGGGCUACCCCAUCCGCUACAGCUUUGUGGAGUUUGUGGAGCGCUACCGGGUGCUGCUGCCUGGAGUGAAGCCGGCAUACAAGCAGGGUGACCUCCGAGGGACAUGCCAGCGCAUGGCCGAGGCUGUGCUGGGCACACAUGAUGACUGGCAGAUCGGCAAAACCAAGAUCUUUCUGAAGGACCACCACGACAUGUUGCUGGAGGUGGAGAGGGACAAGGCCAUCACAGACAGAGUCAUCCUCCUCCAGAAGGUCAUCCGGGGCUUCAAAGACAGGUCCAACUUCCUGAAACUGAAGAGUGCCGCCACACUGAUCCAGAGGCACUGGCGGGGUCACUACUGUAGAAGAAACUAUGAGCUGAUGCGUCUUGGCUUCCUGCGGCUGCAGGCCCUGCACCGCUCCCGGAAGCUGCACCAGCAGUACCGCUUGGCCAGACAGCGCAUAAUAAAGUUCCAGGCCCGCUGCCGAGCCUACCUGGUGCGCAAGGCCUUCCGCCACCGCCUCUGGGCAGUGAUCACCGUGCAGGCCUAUGCCCGAGGCAUGAUCGCCCGCCGGCUACACAGGCGCCUCCGGGCCGAGUACCGGCGGCGCCUUGAGGCGGAAAAGAUGCGGCUGGCGGAGGAGGAGAAGCUCCGGAAGGAGAUGAGCGCCAAGAAAGCCAAGGAGGAGGCAGAGCGGAAGCAUCAGGAGCGUCUGGCCCAGCUAGCCCGUGAGGAUGCAGAGCGGGAGCUGAAGGAGAAGGAGGAGGCUCGGAGGAAGAAGGAGCUGCUGGAACAGAUGGAGAAGGCCCGCCAUGAGCCCAUCAACCACUCAGAUAUGGUGGACAAGAUGUUUGGCUUCCUGGGGACUUCAAGUGGCCUGCCAGGCCAGGAGGGCCAGGCACCUAGUGGCUUUGAGGACCUGGAGCGGGGGCGGAGGGAGAUGGUGGAAGAGGACCUGGAUGCAGCCCUGCCCCUGCCUGAUGAGGAUGAGGAGGACCUUUCUGAGUACAAAUUCGCCAAAUUUGCUGCCACCUACUUCCAGGGCACAACCACGCACUCCUAUACCCGGAGGCCCCUCAAGCAGCCACUGCUCUACCAUGAUGAUGAGGGUGACCAGCUGGCGGCACUGGCUGUCUGGAUCACCAUCCUCCGGUUCAUGGGGGACCUCCCAGAGCCCAAAUACCACACAGCCAUGAGUGAUGGCAGCGAGAAGAUCCCUGUGAUGACUAAGAUCUAUGAGACCUUAGGCAAGAAGACAUACAAGAGGGAGCUGCAGGCCCUGCAGGGCGAGGGCGAGGCCCAGCUCCCUGAGGGGCAGAAGAAAAGCAGUGUGAGACACAAAUUGGUGCACUUGACUCUGAAGAAGAAGUCCAAACUCACAGAAGAGGUGACCAAGAGGCUGCACGAUGGGGAAUCCACAGUGCAGGGCAACAGCAUGCUGGAGGACCGGCCCACCUCGAACCUGGAGAAGCUGCACUUCAUCAUCGGCAAUGGCAUCCUGCGGCCCGCACUGCGGGAUGAGAUCUACUGCCAGAUCAGCAAGCAGCUCACCCACAACCCAUCCAAGAGCAGCUACGCCAGGGGCUGGAUCCUCGUGUCUCUCUGCGUGGGCUGCUUCGCCCCCUCGGAGAAGUUCGUUAAGUACCUACGGAACUUCAUCCACGGGGGCCCACCUGGCUAUGCCCCGUACUGUGAGGAGCGCCUGAGGAGGACCUUUGUCAAUGGGACUCGGACACAGCCACCCAGCUGGCUGGAGCUGCAGGCCACCAAGUCCAAGAAACCCAUCAUGUUGCCUGUGACCUUCAUGGACGGGACCACUAAGACUCUGCUAACGGAUUCAGCAACCACGGCCAAGGAGCUGUGCAACGCCCUGGCUGACAAGGUUUCGCUCAAGGACCGCUUUGGCUUCUCCCUCUACAUCGCGCUAUUUGAUAAGGUGUCCUCCCUGGGCAGUGGCAGUGACCACGUCAUGGACGCAAUCUCCCAGUGUGAGCAGUAUGCCAAGGAGCAGGGCGCACAGGAGCGCAACGCUCCGUGGAGGCUCUUCUUUAGAAAGGAGGUCUUCACACCCUGGCACAACCCCUCAGAGGACAACGUGGCCACCAACCUCAUCUACCAGCAGGUGGUGCGAGGAGUGAAGUUUGGGGAGUACAGGUGUGAGAAGGAGGAUGACCUGGCUGAGCUGGCCUCCCAGCAGUACUUUGUGGACUAUGGUUCUGAGAUGAUUCUGGAGCGUCUGCUGAGCCUCGUGCCCACUUACAUCCCUGACCGCGAGAUCACGCCCCUGAAGACUCUUGAGAAGUGGGCACAGCUGGCCAUUGCUGCCCACAAGAAGGGAAUUUAUGCCCAGAGGAGAACUGAUGCCCAGAAGGUCAAAGAAGAUGUGGUCAACUAUGCCCGCUUCAAGUGGCCCUUGCUCUUCUCCAGGUUUUAUGAAGCCUACAAAUUCUCAGGCCCUCCCCUCCCCAAGAGUGACGUCAUUGUGGCUGUCAACUGGACGGGUGUCUACUUCGUGGAUGAGCAGGAGCAGGUGCUUCUGGAGCUGUCCUUCCCAGAGAUCAUGGCUGUGUCCAGCAGUAGGGGAGCAAAACUGAUGGCCCCCAGCUUCACACUGGCCACCAUCAAAGGGGACGAGUACACCUUCACAUCUAGCAAUGCCGAGGACAUCCGUGACCUGGUGGUCACCUUUCUGGAGGGACUCCGGAAGAGGUCGAAGUAUGUGGUGGCACUGCAGGACAACCCCAACCCUGCUGGUGAGGAGUCGGGCUUCCUCAGCUUCGCCAAGGGAGACCUCAUCAUUCUCGACCAUGACACUGGUGAGCAGGUCAUGAACUCAGGCUGGGCCGGUGGCAUCAAUGAGAGGACCAAGCAGCGCGGGGACUUCCCCACCGACUGUGUAUACGUCAUGCCCACUGUCACCCUGCCACCACGGGAGAUUGUGGCCUUGGUCACCAUGACCCCAGACCAGAGGCAGGACGUUGUCCGGCUCCUGCAGCUGCGCACGGCAGAGCCAGAGGUGCGCGCCAAGCCCUACACGCUGGAGGAGUUCUCCUAUGACUACUUCAGACCCCCGCCCAAGCACACGCUGAGCCGUGUCAUGGUGUCCAAGGCCCGCGGUAAGGACCGGCUGUGGAGUCACACACGAGAGCCGCUCAAGCAAGCCCUGCUCAAGAAGAUCCUGGGCAGUGAGGAACUCUCCCAGGAAGCCUGCAUGGCCUUCAUAGCUGUACUCAAGUACAUGGGUGACUACCCAUCCAAGAGGACGCGCUCCGUCAAUGAGCUCACCGAUCAGAUCUUUGAGGGGGCACUGAAGGCUGAACCCCUCAAAGAUGAGGCCUACGUGCAGAUUCUGAAGCAGCUGACUGACAAUCACAUCAGGUACAGCGAAGAGCGGGGCUGGGAGCUUCUCUGGCUGUGCACAGGCCUCUUCCCACCCAGCAACAUCCUGCUGCCCCACGUGCAGCGGUUCCUGCAGUCCCGCAAGCACUGUCCUCUGGCCCUCGACUGCCUGCAGCGGCUCCAGAAAGCGCUGAGAAAUGGGUCCCGGAAGUACCCUCCACAUCUGGUGGAGGUGGAGGCCAUCCAGCACAAGACUACCCAGAUUUUCCACAAGGUCUACUUCCCCGAUGACACUGAUGAGGCUUUUGAGGUGGAGUCCAGCACCAAGGCCAAGGACUUCUGUCAGAACAUCGCCAGCAGGCUGCUGCUCAAAUCUUCCGAGGGAUUCAGCCUUUUUGUCAAAAUCGCAGACAAGGUCAUCAGUGUCCCUGAGAAUGACUUCUUCUUUGACUUUGUUCGACACCUCACAGACUGGAUAAAGAAAGCACGACCCAUCAAGGAUGGAAUGGUGCCCUCACUCACCUACCAGGUGUUCUUCAUGAAGAAGCUGUGGACCACCACAGUGCCAGGCAAGGACCCCAUGGCAGACUCCAUCUUCCACUAUUACCAGGAGUUGCCCAAGUAUCUCCGAGGCUACCACAAGUGCACUCGGGAGGAGGUGCUGCAGCUGGGCGCGCUCAUCUACAGGGUCAAGUUUGAAGAGGACAAGUCCUACUUCCCUAGCAUCCCCAAGUUGCUAAGGGAGCUGGUGCCCCAGGACCUCAUCCGGCAGGUCUCACCUGAUGACUGGAAGCGGUCCAUCAUCGCCUACUUCAACAAGCAUGCAGGGAAGUCCAAAGAGGAGGCCAAGCUAGCCUUCCUGAAGCUCAUCUUCAAGUGGCCCACCUUUGGCUCAGCCUUCUUCGAGGUGAAGCAAACUACAGAACCAAACUUCCCUGAGAUUCUCUUAAUUGCCAUUAACAAGUACGGGGUCAGCCUCAUCGAUCCCAGAACCAAGGACAUUCUGACUACUCACCCCUUCACCAAGAUCUCCAACUGGAGUAGCGGCAACACCUACUUCCACAUCACCAUUGGGAACUUGGUCCGUGGGAGCAAACUGCUCUGUGAGACAUCACUGGGCUACAAAAUGGAUGAUCUCUUGACUUCCUACAUCAGCCAGAUGCUCACAGCCAUGAGCAAACAGAGGAACUCCAGGAGCGCCAGGUGAACGGAAGAGGUGCUGGCGCAGGCCCUGGCCGUCUAGGUAGGGAGGCUCGGCUGGCCACAUCUGCUGGGCUCUGACCUGUCUGCCAUGAGGUCAGAACUUCCCUGCACCCUCCUCUGGUGCCUGGGUUUGCUUCACCCUGCUUUGCUGUGGUCUCCUGGUGUAAGAGCCUGUGCUCCCUGGACACGGCUCCUGAUUCACAGCAGCUCCGUCAAGUGACCUCUUUUGAAUUUCUGUGUACUGAUGGGAAGAGGACUCAAGGACAACUCGGCUGUCUCCAUCCUAGGAACAACCUAACCAUAUGUGCAUUGAAAUGAUGCUCUGAAACUCAGGAGACUGGGAUCAGAGUCCUCAGCACUGGCCCCUGCCUUGAGCACUACCACUGAGGCCUGCCUGGAAGACUCCUUCAUUGUCAUCUGCUCCAGGAAGCCCUCCUAGACUACCUCCUGAGUCUGGACAAAGCCUCCUGGUUGUACCUGGAUCACUUCUGGGUGUGACAGUUACAUGCCGGGUCCCUGCUAAAAUCUCCCUGACCACCUGCGGGCAUAAAGCAUGUGUCUUACCCUCUG